ACACACACAUUUUCUAGAGGGACGGCUUUAGGCGGAACACAACAGUAUCGUACUACAUGCAUCUGCAAGUUUUUUUCUACUCAGAAGUUGUAAGAAAUUCCGACUAAUAUUAUAGUUUAAGCACAAAUAAGGAAAUAUAGAGGUGAGUAAAAUUGUUAAUAUGUUGUAUUUGUAUUAAAUGCAUAACAGAAGUGUAACGUUAGAUCAGCUUAUCUUAACGUGGCCGUUUGUUACUUUGUGGCAGUAUGAAAAAGGAUCAAAUAUAUGAUCAACAAACUCAUGGUGUUGAGUGUUUUUACUUAAACCACACUCCGUAAACACAUUGUAACGUAAAACGGUUAGACAUAAAGGGUAGUUUACCUAGCAAGUCAGUUAUUUUAAGUAAAUUAAGUAAUACGUUUUCACCAAAAUGAAGAGAAAGAAGGACAUAAUGUCCUUAUUCCAAAGAAAAGACAAGGCAGACAGUGAGACAGAGCUAGAUGGUACAGGUGUGAAGAGAGCAGAGAGCCUGCAGAGAGAGCAGGAACACUUCUCCAUUGGAGAGACUGAGAGUGAAGGCAUAGUAGAGCAGGAAAGUGAGACAGAUGGAGCGACUGAGGCUGAGAGUGAGACACCAACAGAGGAGCCUCGUGCGUCCACAAGCAGUGGACCAUCAGGUUUGUGAUGUUGAAUAAAUCUGUGGUUACUUGUAAAACAGUGCAAUUAGUCAGUUUAUAUGGUGUAUAGAAAUGAGUCGGUUUGUGAUUGAAAUGAAUUCUUAUUUAUUAAGUUAUGAUGUCUAGUAGUUAUCAUGUUGAUGGUCAUGAUGAAUGGUUAAGUGAUGAUGUCUAGUAGUUAUCGUGUUGAUGGUCAUGCUGAAUGGUUAAGUGAUGAUGUCUAGUAUUUAUCAUGUUGAUGGUCAUGCUGAAUGGUUAAGUGAUGAUGUCUAGUAGUUAUCAUGUUGAUGGUCAUGAUGAAUGGUUAAGUGAUGAUGUCUAGUAGUUAUCAUGUUGAUGGUCAUACUGAAUGGUUAAGUGAUGAUGUCUAGUAGUUAUCAUGUUGAUAGUCAUGCUGAAUGGUUAAGUGAUGAUAUCUAGUAGUUAUCAUGUUGAUGGUUGGAUACAGUGCUGAAUGGUUAAGUGAUGAUGGCUAGUAGUUAUCAUGUUGAUGGUUGGAUACAGUGCUGAAUGGUUAAGUGAUGAUGUCUAGUAGUUAUCAUGUUGAUGGUCAUUAUGAAUCGUUAAGUUAUGAUGUCAUGUUGAUGUUUGGAUACAGUGCACGCAGGCAAACACUCACCCACACAUACACGCACACAUGCACGUAAAGUUCUCCUUUUAAACCUCUGAUAAAGAUGCAGAUAUACAUUUCCCCCACCACCUCUGAAUAACUCUUCACACUGAUGUCAUACACAGACAGCACACAUAGAAAAAAGGCCCUUAUAUAACCAUCGAUGGCUGGCCACAGAGUACAACCCAUAAUGUGAACUUUGUUAGAAGGCUGGGGUGUCAAAGCCUCAGUAAUGCUAUAUGAUCUAUGUGCAAAUUCACUGAGUCAAUCUUCUAUCUGCUAAAAUAUAUGAUCACUUCAAUUAUAUCUUGAAUCAUUUAAAAUGAAUGGGAAACAAACACAUUUCCAUUAGAAGCUCUGAUCUGGAACGCUGCGCACACUUGUCUCCAGCGGUCUGUGCGUCGGUAAAAGGAACAGGCCGACCGCCACAGCAGUGAGGCGCCUGUUUUCUCUCCAGGCGACCGGGUCUGGCUCUCCAUCUGGAACCUGCCCCUCUGCCUGCCUUGCCGGAAGCUGAGCCCACGGCCAGCGGUGCCUGGUCCCCUCGCUGAGGCUGGUCCAGUGAUUCCCCGCUUCCUCUGGACAUCGAGGGAGGUCCUGCGUGCCGGGUCCAUGAGGUCCUGGAUUCGAGGCGUCGGGUGGGCCGUCUCCAGUACCUCAUCGACUGGGAGGGGUAGGGCCCAGAGGAGUGGUGCUGAGUUCCUGCGGUGGACAUCCUGGACGCUUCGCUGACCAGGGAUUUUCCGACCUGCACUGCGUCCCUGUGGUCAUCCCCGAGGCUGGUGCAGCACGUCGGGCGGGGGGUAUUGUCACGGAUUCCCCCGGGACUGCUGCUCAUUCCAUUCACCAGCUCCGGAGGUCUGCGUCACUGGCCUUCUAGGUGACGCUGAACUAGAUCAUUACCACCAACCCCGGACUGUCUGUUCUCAUUAUGCACACCUGGUUCCCAUUCCCCCUGAUUAGUAUAUGUGCCCUCUGUUCCCCAUUGUCCUUGAUGAUUAUUGUUCCAUGUCCGUUGGUCUUGUGAUUACCUGUGCUCUGUUGUAUCGGCUUUCGUGUUACCCUGUUAGUGUGUUCUUGUUAUUACGGGUCUCGUCCCGUGUAUUGUUAUUCCUGUGUAUUUAUUAGAGGUUUACAACUCACUCUUUGUUUGGGAUACAACCCUGUGUUAUUUAUAUACACGUGUUUGUUUUGGGCUUCGUUCCUGUCAUGUUCAUGACGUACUCUAUUCUGGGUAAAUUUCGUAUACCUGCACCUGUCUCCUAUCAUUAUGCAAUGUGACAAUGGCAAUCCUCAUUACGCACACCUGAGCCCCAUCCUGAAGCACACCUGGACUUCAACACUGCCCAGAUUACUAUCUCUUUAUCUGGCGUUCCGUGGCAACACUCUUCAGGCAAUAUUGUAUCUGUGUUCAUGUUCAGACAUUUCUCUUGUUUUGUAUCGCUCUAUGUUCAGUAUUAUUAUUCAACUCUGCUUCUUUACUCUCAUCGUCAUAGCUACAACCUUGUAGUAUUAUGUUCUUUCAAUUAGUAGUACUACCAACAAUACGAUGGGCAAUAUUUUUGUCUGGUACAAAGCGCCAAAAAUACCGCAAACCUCAGACUCAGGGAUUUUAUUUACAAUCUUUGUUCAACAAUUUCCCUUAAAAUUAGACAAUUAUUUAAGUAGAGUUUAAAAACCUGAGCAAUACAUAAAUAGUUUCCUCUUUAUAAUGCACAUUGUUGCACAAGUUCUAAAUUUAAUGGUAAUAAUAUCAAUAAACUAUCUGUUGAUAAAUAACAGACAGUUAGGUUCAGAGUAAGCGUUAAGGUUAGGGUCAAGUUUAGGGCUAGGUUAAGGAUAGGUUUAGUACUGUAGAUAGUUAGUUGAAAUGUUACUGGUAGUCUGUAAUGCAUCUAUCCAAAUGAAAUCGUACAGAGAUUACAAUGAGGUUUACUGAAUUUUUUGCACGUUGUACAAUGAUUUUGCAUCUUAUACCACCACUGUUGUUGUAACAUCUUAUCAGAUUACAAUGAUCUGAUGGUUGAACUUACCAGACUGGAGCACGAUAGAGGUAGUUUUGUAUUGUUCAGCUUUAGGACAUGUGUUUUUCAGGCUGAUAAAAUCUACUUAUACCUUGUCAGAGAUCUGACUUUACAAGCAGACAUGACUACACACCAUGUUCCCACACUGAAGCACCAAGAUAAUACGUGCACAAAGUCAUGCAGAUCUUCAUGUCUGCACACGUACACAUGUAUGAGGAUGUACCCAGCUCUACCUUGGUUCACCACAGGGGCAUUUGAAACUAAAAGUGAUGCUUCUGAGAAAGAGUUCACGCUCCUCUGUUCUGUCUUUCUGACGCUCCCCUCGACCCCAAGUCAACCACUACACCGUGUGGUCAGUUGUCAUGGUCACAGUCUCUCAGGUUGUGUGACUGGUAGUGACGUCACUGGAUGAGUUCUAGCUAUUUCUCAGUAACAGGUUUUAUUUUAAAAUGUUGUGGCAUAUGUUGCAGAAGAAUCAGAAUUAGUUAGGUAACAUAGAUAAUUAAGAUGUCUUAUCACCAUAAUAUGCUUGUAUGAUAUGCUUGUUAUUAGAUUGUAUCCCUUCGGACUCUGGUGUUGGCAGUUGCACUUCCUCCCUCAGUUGGGGCUCAGUCACCUGGGGCCCAGAGAGGGGAGAGAUCAGGCUUGUCUUUCACAUGUCCCUGGUGCAAUGCAGAAUAUCAGAAAGAGAAGAGAACAGGAGGGAACAUUGUCUUCAUAUGUGAAUGUGUCUUCCAAAACAUCUGAAGGGAUGGUAUGAUUAAUAUGGAACCAAUUACUUGUCUCCACAAUAUCUGUGUGCUUGUCACUCCCUCCUUUGGCCUUGGGGGAGAUAAGGUUUGAGACAAGAUGUGUGGGGUAGUGACUGGAACCAUUGUAUGUCAUCUCUGAUGUUGCACCUAUCCUGGGAUAGUGUAGGACCUAGAGGCUCACUCCCCUCAUUGAGCUUGCCCAGGCGUGUGGUCAAAAAGGGGUUUUACUUGAGAUGUGAGUAUCUGGAGUUGACAAUUGAUUUAUGCCACAGAAUGAGUUGGUGUUUUUGUGAAAUUAAGUUCCAGGAACGAGAUUGGAGCCUUGUCUUAGGAGCCAAACUGAACGAUAAGAACAUAAUUUAUGACUCCCAUCAGCCAUAGUUUGAUAAUAUAAUAAAUUAUAUGAAUCUAUAUCAUGCUAUAUGAUGUAUGUGUGACUUCACAGGGUCCCAAUUUUAGAUGUGCUAAAAUAAAUUGUUAUCCUGUUAAUUGACAUAUACACUACAUAUAUCCUGACUGAGUUUACAACGCCCCCAGCCUUCAAAUGGAGAACACAUUAUGGCUCUCACUCUGUGACUGGUGGUGUAGGGGGAAGUUGACCCUAGACACUGAUCUUCAGUCAGUUUUGCUGACUUUUCCCUCUGCAAAUGGUUAAGGUUAGGAUCGGGGUAGGGAUUGCUGAUCAUAGAUCUAUACCUAGGGGAAACUUCCCCCCAGAGUUUGACUGGCCACUGAUGACCAUAUACAGUUCAUUAGGAAAGUAUUCAGACCCCCAAACUAAGGAUGGUGGGAGUCAUAUCAUGUAUUAUAUUAUCAAACGAAGGCCAGGGGUAGUGAUAUCGGCAGGUAGCCUAGUGGUUAGAGCGUUGGACUAGUAACCGAAAGGUUGCAAGAUCGAAUCUCUGACCUGACGAGGUAAAGAUCUGUCGUACUGAACAAGGCAGUUAACCCACUGUUCCAAGGCAGUCAUUAAAAGCAUGAAUUUGUUCUUCAGCUACUUGCCUAGUUAAAUAAAAAUAAAAAAUGUAUAUAAUGUCUUAUAUUAUCAAACUAAGACUGGUGGGAGUCAUAUCAUGUAUUAUAUUAUCAAACUAAGACUGGUGGGAGUCAUAUCAUGUAUUAUAUUAUCAAACUAAGACUGGUUGGAGUCAUAUCAUGUACCAUAUUAUCAAACUAAAACUGGUGCGAGUCACAUAAUGUAGUAUAUUAUCAAACUAAGGCUGGUGGGAGUCAUAUCAUGUAUUAUAUUAUCAAACUAAGGCUGGUGGGAGUCAUAUCAUUUAUUAUAUUAUCAAACUAAGGCUGGUGGGAGUCAUAUCAUUUAUUAUAUUAUCAAACUAAGGCUGGUGGGAGUCAUAUCAUUUAUUAUAUUAUCAAACUAAGGCUGGUGGGAGUCAUAUCAUGUAUUGCAUUAUCAAACUAAGACUGGUUGGAGUCAUAUCAUGUAUUAUAUUAUCAAACUAAAACUGGUGGGAGUCACAUAAUGUAGUAUAUUAUCAAACUAAGGCUGGUGGGAGUCAUAUCAUGUAUUAUAUUAUCAAACUAAGGCUGGUGGGAGUCAUAUCAUGUAUUAUAUUAUCAAACUAAGGCUGGUGGGAGUCAUAUCAUUUAUUAUAUUAUCAAACUAAGACUGGUGGGAGUCAUAUCAUGUAUUAUAUUAUCAAACUAAGGCUGGUGGGAGUCAUAUGUAUUAUAUUAUCAAACUAAGACUGGUGGGAGUCAUAUCAUUUAUUAUAUUAUCAAACUAAGACUGGUGGGAGUCAUAUCAUGUAUUAUAUUAUCAAACUAAGGCUGGUGGGAGUCAUCAUUUAUUAUAUUAUCAAACUAAGGCUGGUGGGAGUCAUAUCAUUUAUUAUAUUAUCAAACUAAGGCUGGUGGGAGUCAUAUCAUUUAUUAUAUUAUCAAACUAAGACUGGUGGGAGUCAUGUCAUGUAUUAUAUUAUCAAACUAAGACUGGUGGGAGUCAUAUCAUUUAUUAUAUUAUCAAACUAAGGCUGGUGGGAGUCAUAUCAUUUAUUAUAUUAUCAAACUAAGACUGGUGGGAGUCAUAUCAUGUAUUAUAUUAUCAAACUAAUGCUGGUGGGAGGCUUAUCAUGUAUUAUAUUAUCACUUCAGUUUAAUUGUAUGUUUAAAACUGAUGAGCACUGUGGGAAACAAACAUAUUUAGAUUAGAAACUAAGGCUGGUGAAAGUCACGUGUUGACCACUGUUUCUCAUCCACUGUGGUUGACUGACAGAGUUCCACUACCAUAAAUCAAACAGACACAGGACAGUGCAGUGAGACACUGGUACAGACGUAUAUUAGAGAUAGAAGUAGAAGUUACAGUAUUUGAUCACAAGUGUGUUAAAUUAAGAUGUCAGAGGGAGUCUAUGAAAUCACAGAUGGAUUUAGAGACGAUGAGCCUGAUGCGAUGAAGAACACAGACAUUGAUGGCCAAUUAUAUGGCAACGUAGGAGCCUUCAAGCCCAGUCCAAGAAAUGGAGUUGUUUCUUCAGGUAAGAUUGCAUUCACGCACACACAAUUACAGACACACAUUGAACAGGUGAUAUUACCCUGUAGUGCUACAGCUUUAUUUGUCCCAAUCCUGUAUGAUACAGUAAAACACAUUACCAAAGAUCUUACUUUAAUAAUUUGUGAUUCAGUACAUGUUCAGUGGUGGAAGAGACCCUCUGGAGUUGCUGCAGUGUGUCUGGGGCUGCUAUGUGUUCUCCUACUGGCCGGGAUCAUAGGCCUGUCUGUCUACUAUGUAGUCAUUGGUCAUCACAACUCAACAGAGAGAGGCCAGCUACAGACCAGUUACAACGCCCUGACUGAAGAGAGAGGCCAGCUACAGACCAGUUACAACGCCCUGACUGAAGAGAGAGACCAGCUACAGUCCAGUUACAACUCACUGACAAAAGAGAGAGACCAGCUACAGUCCAGUUGCAACACCCUGACUAAAGAGAGAGUCCAGCUACAGACUGAGAGAGAUUUUCUUAACGGGAGGUUUACCAAUCUCAAACAAACCUGCCCUGAAGGCUGGCAGAAGUUUGAAUCCAGUUGGUACUUCCUGUCUAUUGAGACGAAAACCUGGAAGGAGAGCAGAGAGGACUGUCUGGAGAGAGGAGCAGACCUGGUGAUCAUAAACAGCAGAGAGGAACAGACAUUUCUCUUCAACCUCCAAAUGAGAGCCUGGAUUGGUCUGGAUGACUCUGUUACUGAGGGGACCUGGAAGUGGGUGGACGGCACCCCACUGACCACAGGGUACUGGAGGGCAGGACAGCCUGAUGAUAGUGGGCAGGAAGACUGUGCUGAGAUAUACUAUGGACAAGAUGACCCUGUACAGACAUGGAAUGAUGACAAGUGUGGCACAAAUCAUAACUGGAUCUGUGAGAAAGUGGUGUAACAAUAACAAUAACACUCUCUCUCAAUUCUCUCAACUCUCUCUCUCAAUUCAAUUCAACUCAAAGGUUUUAUUAGCAUGGGAAACAUAAGUUAACAUUGCCAAAGCAAGUGAAGCAGAUAAUAUACAAAAGUGAAAUAAACAAUAAAAAUGAACAGUAAACAUUACUCUCACAACAGUUCCAAAAUAAUUAAGACAUUACAAAUGUUGUAUCAUGUAUAUAUACAGUGUUGUAACAAUGUGCAAAUGGCUCUCUCUCUCUCUCUCUCUCUCUCUCUCUCCCUCUCUCUCCCUCUCUCUCUCUUUUAUAUAUAUAUUUAUAUAUAUAUAUAUAUAUAUAUAUAUAUAUAUAUAUAUAUACAUAUAUAUAUUGAUGGUUGGAUACAGUGCUGAAUGGUUAAGUGAUGAUUCCACCUGGUGGUUAAGGUGAGAGAUGAACUCACCAUAGAGGAGAACAAGUUGGAUUACAGAGUUGUCUACGGGCUCUUUUUCAAUUAGACCUUACUCAAUUCCUCCUCACAUUCUCUCUUUGACUCCUUCUCCAAACACAUUGGAGAAUACAAUCCUAGGGGAGGGACCUUGGACCUUCUCUAAGAGGGUUGAGGAGGAGAUAGGAGGAGAGGAAUCUAGGAAAGACUAAUUGAGAUAGAGCCUUAGUGUCAGAGAGAGACAUUGAGGAGGAAUAGAAAAUUAAGAGAAUUAGGAAGAGAUAAAAAAUAUUGUUGUGUUUAGAUUUAGAGGAGAGUAUGUAGACAUAUUGUACUCUGGAAAGUGAUUCUUCAAUAUUUUUAUUAGAAACGUGUCAUAUAAAUUGCAAUAGACUAAUGUUUAGUAAAACAAAGUGGGACCAAGUAUUAACCAAUGCUUAUCACUUUAAUAUUAAGAUUAACAAAGUCACAGAUUAAUAA